UGUGAAAUGAUAACAGGCGACAGGAGCGACACUUUUUUUGCAACAAGAGCUCUAUUUGGAUUUUCGUUUCACGCUAGUCUUUGUCGAUCUAGUAGCUCUAGUUACUCUUACUAUAAAAUUCGCCUUUGAAACAUAAUCGACGACAACUCGGGCGAGAUGAAUCACUACGGUCCGGAGUUUCAGCGUGAGCGCGGUAUGAGCAACGCGAGUGCCCGCCAGCGCAUGUCGUCGUUCUCAGGCCACCAGAACUUCCGCAACGUGGACCACAUGCACGGAGGUGCGAACCAACGGCCACCAAGCAGAGGGCCCAGCUUUGCCGCACCCCCAGCGUCACCCUUAUUUGGCGGCUCUUCGAAUUCCCGCGCCGACCCUUACGUCCAGCAGCAGGCCUUCGCAUUCAACCAGCAAGGCGGGCUUGGGUUUGGAAAUCAGGGUAAUGGGAAUAUGCAGCCACAAUUCGGGAUGCACAUGCCGCCAGAACAAGCAGGACCGGGAAUGCACUUUGGACGUGGAAUGAACGCGGGUCUUCAUCACCCGCCGCAGCACCCGGGCGGAUCAUUUGCCCAGCAGCACCAGCAGGCAUUGCCAGGGCACAUGCAGUUUGCGCACCAGCAGAAUCCGCGUGCGGGGCCGUACGACCGGCAGCCAAUGGCCCCGCCUGGGGGCCCGCCCCGACGCGUGUCGGGGAUGUUCGGAAAAUUCAAAGAUGCGGCAGUGUCGGGGAUCAAAACGCUCGUCGGUGUUAUCGGCGGCGGAUUGACGGGCGGGAACACCAUUUCCAAUGACGCAGUGAAUCCAAACCAAGCACAGCAGCCGUACCGAAUGCAGUUUGAUUUUUACUUUUUGUAUAAGAAUCUGUGUGCUAGUAAGUGCUACUAGAGUUGCUCGUUGCGUUCGCGGGCAAGUAUGCUUUAAGUAGGAGUAGAAUGUUGAAUGAAGCCUGUAAUAGCCGUGACGGAACAUCACAAUCACAAAACAGAUACUCUGGUGGGUUGGCGCAGAUGCCGCAAGGCAAUCCGAGUCCCCGCAACGACUUCUAUCGUGUCCCGGGGCAGUCCUCGGGUCACUUCAAUUUUAAUCCCAAUGCAAGGCACAUGCCACGCGACCAGCCACCGCAGGGGGCAACGAUGGCGCAGCGGCAGCACCGACCCGACCACCCUAGAGGUGGACGAGGACCUGAGCAGUCGCAAAAUGGAAUGAUGGCAACACCAGUUCUGGACGACAAGGAGCAGCAGCUGCGCCCGCAGCCACAGGAUAGUCCGCAGCCGCUUCUCCGAGAUCAUGAUAUGGACCAACAAAAUCAGCAAUCGAGAGCGCAGCAACAGCCGUUCGCGGUAUCAGCGAGCAAGCAGUCGGCGGUCGGUCGUGCGGAAAACUUUGAGCCGAGGGUGCCCAUGUCGGAACCGCGGAAUUUCGGCGCUCAGGCUUGGGACCACCAACUGCGCGGAGGGCCACACAGUCCAGCUCCAAGUACGCUUCGCAUUUUACACUUCAUCCUGUUUAUUUCGGCCUCGUUCACCAGUCAUGUUGUCAAGAGAUUGUAGUGUGCGCGGCAAAAGAAGUUUCAUAUUGUUUUCCUUGAUAGAAAAAUAAAUGACGAAUCUUCUUUUACCACAGGUGCGCCAGACAUUCAUCGAUUCUCGGGCGUACAGCGACAGCCAAUAGUCUCGGAACCCAAGACGUUUGGCAUGAACCCAGACGCGCUGGAAGGAUUCCUCAGCGGCGCCAACAUCUGUAAUGACAUUGCUUUUGAUAUUCGAGAACUUGCUCGUGCACCAAAAUAGAAGCUGUUGAGCCUGCGUUUUCAUCUUUGAGAAUUAUGCACAAACUAUCGUCUGUAUCAAAAAUAAAUCAAUUUGCAGACGACGACCGCAGAAUCGAGAAGCAGCAGAAGAGAAGCAAACUUAGCGUCGACCAUCAAUCUGCACAGCCGAAACCGGCCGCUGCCUCUAGCGAGGAUGACGAUAACCCGGCCCUGAAGCAGGGGCUGUACAAGGCCCUGGUGACACGCAUUUGUCACGACUAUUCGGGGUCGAAAGAGCACGCGUUCACGCUGUUGGAAGCCUAUCAAGGGGAGGAGGCAAUGCUGUAUGUGAAGCUGUGCCAGAAGUUCAACGUGCAGCCAAGUUUCUACCUCCAGCUGCAAACGGGCAUGGUCAAGGACGAGCGGUUUGAGGAGAAAGAACAAUUUAGUACCAACACGCCAAACGUGGCCGGUUCGAGUAACGCCGCGAGGACACAGGUGAGUAUGUUACAAGAAUUGAUACACAACUGAUUGGUAGGUAACGCUAACGGUGAGUCAUUUAAUAUUCCGUCGUUUCUACUUUUAUCUGUCGCAGAUUUUUCGGACAUGAUGACUUUUUGUACCUAUUUCUUUUCACUGGAAAUAACGCAGGUCCGAGGUCGACACGGCAGUUAUGCUGAUACCAAGCUCGCCACCUCAAAGUCGAAGGAAGCCGCAGAGCAGGAAGACAACACGCGGUCGUUUUCCCCGCAGCGCCACUCCCCGACGGCGCGGGUCGCAUCCCGGCCCAGCAGCCCCAAGCUCCCCAGUCCCCUCCGUCCCCCCGCAGCGACCGCAACUUCUAACGUCUUUGGCUCGGUGGAAACUCCGUCUUUUGGCGCUCCUGCAGGCACUUUUACAACUGGGCUUGAAAACAAAACUCCAGUCUUCGGAGGUGCAGCGCCGGGGGGCAGUGCGGGAAGUAGUAGUAUCUUUGGAGGUGGUGCGGCAGCCGCUGCGGAAACUAGUAGCGCCGCGACAUCGUCCAUUUUCGGCGCGCCACCAGUGAGCAGUGACAAGUCUCCGAAAGCAGGUGCUGCAAACACCUUUGGCGUAGCUGUGGGUGCAGAGGCUGGGAGUUCUUCGACCAGCCUUUUUGGUGCGAAGGUUGAGGAACGGAAUAACGCAAGCAAGUCCGGCGCGCCGAAGCAGGCCGAGAGUGAGAACAAACCGGCGCUCGAUUUUUCCGCACUCUUGGGCGGUGGGGGGUUAGAAGCGCCCAGUUUCGGCAACACGUCUUUCGCGCCCCUCGACCCGGUGCCCGAAGAGCCCGACGACUGCAGCAACAUCCUGAAAGAUAUGUUGCAAGCCAAGAAGGUGGAGCAGCAGGCGAUGAAAAGCAAGAUCGAGCCGGUAGCGGAAGAAGAGCCGGAGCAGGAAGAAAAUGUCAACAAAGCUGAGGACGAAAAGUCACCGGAAAAGAAGCAAGAUCAAGAAGCAGUAAACAAAAAUUCCGCUGACAGUGCAGGAGCGGCGGUGGUGCAGAAGGGGUCGCAGACUGAUUUCUUCAAGGCAAACAUCGCAGCCGUCUACUACAAGAAGAACCCAAAGAAGAUCGGCAACAUCGAUGAGCUGCUCGAGAAGAACAAGGGCAGUGAGCUUCUCUUGUACCGAAAAAUUUGCAAGCGCUACGAAUUGCCUUCCGAGCGGACGGGCAAAGACGGCAAAGUGGAAAUCAUAUGGUACCAGAAUGAAACCAUACCGGAUACGGACGAGUUCAAGGAAGGAGACGGCGAAGAGAGUACUAGGCUUUUUGCUGGAAGUUUUAUGAAAAAUAUACAACCAUUUGUACCAAUUUAGAUGAUACCGAAACGGGACAUAUUCAUAUCAUAUGACCGCCACACACACAUUUGCAAUCUGAAAAAUAAUCUUCCUACAACAGACGCGGACGGCGCAUCUGCCCCCGCUGGCGACAAGUCCAGCAUCCCCUCUACCAGCAAGAUCUCCGCCAUCACCCCGGCAGGAACGAGUAUUAACUUCAACACGCCGGCGAACGCGAGCAUUUUCGGAAACCCCACCCCCCCGAACAGUGCGCCCGCCGCGUCGACAAACUCUAUUUUCGGGUCUGCGCCUCCCGGUGGCGGCUUAUUCGGAGGCCUUGGCGCCGCGCCGGCAGGUGGCAGUUUGUUCGGAAGCGCCGCACCAGCGGGUUAUCAAAAGGAAAAAUCCCCCCUCCCCAUAUCAAAACGAAGUUUCUGAUGCUGGAUUUGCGUACCCAAAUCAGAUCUGUCUUGCUGGCGAGGACUGCAGGCUCCUGCCAAGCCUGAGUAGAGAGCUUUUGGCCUAGGCGCUUAGCAUGAGAAACGUCUAUGCUGUAGGCCCAACAGCAUGACAAACCGCCUGCAUAGUGCGGCAGAGCCUGCGGCGUUGUCUUCUUGCAAGACAGACUUGAUUUGGGGCCUCAAAUCAGCAAGACUGUUUCGCUUCGGCGAAACGACAUGACGAUUGUUUGGGGAGGUUCCUAACGGUCCCCUCAGGGCAUUGCCUCGUCGCUGACCUGUGGAGAAGGGCGGUUCAGGUCAGCUUCGGGAAGGGUAUCCGGAGUUGAGUUAGCUUCGGCUUUCUCUUGUGUAUUCGAGGGCAGUGGUUGGCGGAGGUUGUUGGGAUGUUCCUAAACAGUCAUCCCAGAACAUUUGUGUUCCUUUCUGACUUCCUCAUUUCCUGUGCAGUAUUUUACUGCAUAUACAGGCGCCACCCUCGUUUAUCACCUCCAGGGCUACGUGCGACCCCUCCGACGCUGCGAGUGGAAGGAGGAAGUUCGGCGUGUUGGGGGUGAGGGACCCCUGACGUUGGCCCGGGUGGCACGGGUGGCACGGAGGACACGUUGCAUGUUCUGGGACCACACAAAUUCUAGCCUGCGAGGAGGGGGGAGCGAGCAAAAAAAAAAGUUGGCCUGCGGAUAUCAUGGGGAACUAAGGCUCAAAUCAGCAAGACAAAUUUUCGGAAACAUACCUUUUCGAUAUGGGGAGGGGGGAUUUUUCCUCUCAAUACGGGUGUUCAGCAGCCGGCAGGUGGCAGUUUGUUCGGAAGCGCCGCACCAGCGGCUAUGCCUUGGACGGUCGUUAGCGUACAGAAGGGUGAAUUUGCAGUGAAUUUGUAUUGCAUGACUUGCAUUUAAGUACUUAAAAGAGAAGUGCGCUAGGUAUUAGACACACGAGCCCAAGCAUCCCACAUAGCGUGAAGGGCUGUUCGUCGCGUGGUGGCGCUUGCAGGACCGAAAGAAGUGGUCUUGCGGGGGCGAGCCUCAACGGGCUGUGUAGCGCGUAUUUAGCGACCAGAGAAGGUGGAUCGGGUGGCUCUUACUCUUCUGCGCGUCUGCCUGAGAAGUUCCUCUCCGGAAUUGUCGAAAGGGAGGGCGACGGGUGAACACAGGAGCACUAGUUCAACAUGUAUGCUCUCACGAGUUGUGGUUGGCUCGGCUUGGACUUGGAUAUCUGGGAGCAGCCUCGGGUGGAAGGGGAGGCACGAUUCGGCCGCGGACGCUAGCUUGCUGCACCUGCUGUGCUCUGCUCACAACUCCCCAGGCGUGUUUUUGCCUCCGGAGCGAGGCCGUUUCGACGUGGCCCCCAGGGCAGGAAUUCCCUUGGUGAAUUUUGGGGCUUUUUGUUUUGGCGACACUUUUUUGAAGCCCCAAAACCCGAAGUUUCUCGUGCGUUAGCGAAUUUUGAAUAGGCACCUCGGGCCAAAAUUCGCCCACGGUUUUUUCAAAAUUCACCCCAAAAUUCACCGGGCCCGCCUUUUCGACCGUGAUAAGCAAACUUUAGCGCAGAAAAGUGCUCAAGGAAGUCAGCAAAUAGGCCCUGGGAAGUGGGGCCGAGGGGGAAAGACAAGCGCCCUCUGCUGCCCUCAGCCCGGCUAUAUUCUGCCGAAAAGGUCGGGAGGGGGAGAGUUCACGCGCCUGCCGGAUAGACGCGUCAAAGCUCUCGGCCUGGUCCUUUACCCUUGCCUCCGCGCCUUCUUGCCUAAUUGCAUUUGCUUCGCAGCACUUGCUUUUUGGCGUCUUUGCCGCGGCUGCUGCAGUACUCUUGUGCGAGCUCAGGGAGACGAAUAGACAUGGCCAAAGAACGGCACCCAGGCCAUGUCUAGAAGCUGCCCGCCGCAUAAGCCUUGACUUUUGCGGUGUCUGUGCAGAACCCACUUCCCAGAACAGGGCCAAGAGGGACAAUGUCCCGGCGGACUCAUCUGCAAUUUGUCACGCAAAAUUCACUAGAGAUUCACCACGUCUCAUGCUAACGCGUGUUAAAGCUCUAGAAGCGCCGCACCAGCGGGUGGCAGCGUAUCAACCGUAAAAAUGUCUGGGUCUGGAAGAAUGCAAGAUUUGUCAUGCAUAUUUGUCAUGACCCACGAUGCCUGUAAUGCAUGCUCCAGCAUCACAGGUUUGUUGAGGGAUUUUUGAUGCCCAUUCCGCAUGACAAAUGCCUUCUCCGCGUAGCAAAAAUUAGACUCUGUUUGCUGCUCAUGCAACACAAAUUUUUUAGACAUCGAAACACAGCAUCACAAGUUGCAUUCUUCCAGACCCAGACAUUUUUACAUUUUUACAUUUGCCGGCAGGUGGCAGUUUGUUCGGAAGCGCCGCACCCGCGGGUGGCAGCGCCUCUAUAACCCGCUCAGGUGUUACAAUCUCAAAUCGGUUACCAUAGAAUAUGGAAAUCUGUGAUGCAAGAGUGCAUGAUCUAGCCAACUCUCCUAGGACUGCGCAUGACAAGUUCCGGAACCCCAAACAUCACUACAAUCUGGCGAAAUUUGUAUUGCAAAAGGUGGAACGCUUUUGUGCGAGUCUGUCAUGCUCAUCAUGCAACACAAAUUCCAGAUUCUAUGGUAACCGAUUUGAGAUUGUAACGCUUGAGCAAGUCAUAGCCUCAACCAGCAUUUUCGGGAACGCUGCGACAGCGUCCACCUCGACGAGCAUUUUCGGAAACCCGGUGAAGUCCUCGGAACAGCCCGCAAAGGCGUCGCCCACUUUUGGCAGCGCAGAGUCAAAAUCUGCAGGAGGAGAGGCCGCGGAUAGUACCAAGGCGCCCGCUGCGGGAGCAGCAGAAGGCGAGAAGAAAGAGAGUACAGCAGGCGCUCCUGCUGAAACAAAACCCGCACCAGCGGGGACCGGGAUUUUCGGAGGUGCUGCGCCACCUGCGUCGUCGACGGGAUCAAUUUUCGGAGGCGGGCUACUAGGUGGUGACAUCAAAGGUAGUUCUACUAGUACCACCAACAUCUUCGGAGUAGUGGCCCCCGCUGCACCAGCACCUCCCAGUUCGGAUGCAAACAAUAAAACGACAUCCAUUUUCGGGACCACGACAACUACCACCACUGCGACCUCCACUAGUUCUAACAUUUUUGGCGGUUCCACGCCGAAGGCCAAACCCGCGGAGAACUCGAUUUUCGGAACCCUUUCGGGCGGAAUCGGCGCGGACAAGGACAAAAUCACCAGUAUCUUUGGCAAUGCCGACCCAAAAGCGGAGAAGCUGAACCAGCUGGAAGCGUCCGCGAUAAAGCAAGACGGCGAGCGCCCGACCAAGCGACGCAGCAUUUUCGAGGCUUCCUCCACCAACCAAGGGAUUUUCGCACCCAAGCCGGAAACCAGCAUCUUCGGGCGGGCACCCAGCACGAACGUGUUAGACGAAAGCAAGCCGCUUUUCUCCGCCUCAAAGAAGAACGCAAGGGCCUCCUCGAGCAAAAAAACGGGGCGAAGUUCUUCCCAGGACCGGAAAACGACGACAGGCUCCAUUUUCGGCGGCGGUGCAGCGGCAGGGAACAGCCUUUUCGGUGGGCCGUUGAGCCAAGACACUGGCUCUUUCAACGACGUGUUCGCUUCGACAGGGACGAAAAGCAUUUUCGGUACUCACUUUUUGGUUCAUAGUUGCAAAGAUGCGUGCUCAGCCUAUGCUCUGCUGGUGCUCUCACAGUUUGUUGUUGAAUUUUGCGGACUUUUUUUGGUGGAGACUCAAAGACGUCUUUCAUUUUCGCGUUUCAAAAUGAAACGACAGGCAAUGGCAAGAACGCAUUUGGCGGCGCGACGGCAACGGAGCGAUUUGGGCAGAAUCUUGACGGCGACACCCCGCCGCUGGAAGUGAAAGAGACCACAACUACCAACGGCGCCUCGACUCCGAAGGCGGCGCCCGUCGCCGCACCGGCAGGGCGGAAGAAGCGAGCGCGCGACGACGCAGCUGACGAGGCAGAAGCAAGCGGUGCCGCGAUCAGCAGCUCAAACGGCAUUGUGCCUGCAGGUGCAGACUUUACUGGUUUUUUGAAGAUCGAAAAGCACAGCGGCUCUACUGCUGCUGCAACUGAGGAAGAAGUGGUCCUUGAAGCUGUAGUUUCGUCAGCCGAAAAGCCCGACGAACUAGAACAACCGUCUGCACGACCCUCGGACGAGCAGCAGUCCUACCAGCUGCUAAUGCACAUGGAUCCGAAAGAUUUCGCAACCUUUCUUGCUAGUGAUAAACUCCGAUAGGAGUAAGUAUAGCUUACGUAUUAAGCAGCAGCAGUUCCAGUUCUGUUGGGGAGAAAAUUCGCACCUAUGUAGAAUUUUGGAAAAUGUGGACCGAAGAGGUCAUCCAACCAUCCUUCAAGAUCAAAUAUGUAGCUAGCCGACAAAUAAAGAUCUCCAAUGUUUUGACUUGAGUGCGUUUUCCGCGAAGUUGAUCUUUAACUUUAUGCGGCGAACUUCAUCAUCGACAACGUGGCUUGGUAUCGACGACUCUGCAGGUGUCAAGGCGAAACGUGCGCGAGAAAAUUCGGAGGGUGCCGCAGCCAGGAGUGGGGAGCAAGGUGAUAAUCUUAAUCCCAAUCCAUUCGCUGGAAUCAGCUUUGGAAGCUGAAUUUUCAAUUUUCUCUUGCGUCGCGGCCAGCGGAGAAGAGUCUGCUCCUCUAUGAAAUCUUGAACCUCGCUUGUGAUGUGACAUUCACAAUUGCCUGCGGUCGAAAAGAAGUCAAAGCAUCCACGCAGAGCGGAGGCUUCGUAAACCGAGGCCGCGUACUUAUCACAAUUGAGUAAAACCAGUGCUGGAGGCGAGGUUGGAAUCGGCAGGGGCAAGCGCAGUGGCAAAAAAUGUGUCUGUUUUUAUAUUCCAACGACUCACAACUGUGAGAACAUGAAAAGAUGAUAUCACCUUGAAUUCACUAACAAACGAAACUGCUUUUCGGCAAUAAGCAUUGUUUGACGCUUAAGUACAAUCAGGAUUGCUUGAAGGCCGCGAUGAUAAUGCAAGAGCGGUACUUGGAACCUCAUUUCGCAAAGAUGAAGAUGAAGUAUUGCCGUUC